AUGUCCCAUAGUGUUACCAAUGAGUGCUCAAAUCCACCAAACUUGACUAAAGAGAAGGAAACAUCCAAAUCUCCAAAAGGAUUAAAAGUUCUUGCCAUUGAUGACAAUGUUGGUGGAGGUGUAUGUAGAACUUUGAAUAAGCAGUAUUCACCGAUUGUCACAAUUCGACUAGUACAAAGAGUUUGCAUUCAGGGUUAUGGGAAUCAUGAACAAUUUCUUCGUUUUACCAAGGAGUCAAAUUGUGUUGAAUAUUUUGCAGUUACAACCACAAGAGAUGCCAAAGUAGCAUUGGAGAUACUGAGGAAGAACAAAGAGAACUUUGAUAUUGUCAUAACUGAUGUUGUUAGAGAUGAUAUAGAUGGUUUCAAGCUUUUGGAAGCUAUUGGCCUUGAGAUGGAUAUUCCAGUAAUAAUGACAUCUGCAAAUGAUGAGAGAAAAACAAUUGUGGAGGGAAUCAAACAUGGAGCAAGUGACUACUUAGUGAAGCCAAUAAAAAUGGAAGAUGUCAAGAACAUUUUUCAACAUGUUACUAUCAGUAUUAAUAAGAAUAAAGCUACACAAGAUGAUCAUAGUAGUACACCAAUAUCAUGCAAUGACACAAAUGAAUUUGGUGUUCAAGAAUCAAGUUCAUCAAUAUUGCCACACAAAAGAAUAAGCCAACAAGAUAAUGAUGAUGAUGAAGAAACAAAUAAUGAUCAAUCAAGUGAUGAAUCUUGUCCUCCCAGAAAGAAAAAAAAUCGAAUGCGUUGGACUAAAGAAUUGCACAAGAAGUUCAUGGAUGCUUAUUAUCAGCUUGAAGCUGAUACUUUUGAUAAGGUUGUUCCGAAGAGAAUUCUUGAAAUCAUGAAUGAACCUAAGGUAACUAGAGAAAAAGUCGCAAGCCAUCUUCAGAAGUUCAGGAGUGGCUUAAAGAAGCACAAAGAAAAUUUGAACCAAGAUAGUACAAUUUCCACAAGUUGCUAUCCUCCAGGGCACUAUGUCACAAAGCCUGAAAUUCCAAAUAUGUUUGCAAAUCAGAAGCCCUAUCUCGUGCCUCGGACACAACAAAUUCCAAACAUGUUUGCAAAUCAGCAAAAUGCAGCAAAUUUUGCUCCAAUAAGUACCUAUCCACGGCUUGAUAAUUUUAUUUAUCGUCCCGUGUUGGCUACUAAUGCAAUUUCUCAGCCUGAUUUGAAUGGUCUUCAGUAUCAUUAUCAAAAUCAUCACCCGCGGUGGAUAAGGGACGAUGAGAUGUUGAACAGUAUGCCUCAUCAUUCUGUAUAUCUCUAUCCAUAUUCUAGUAUUCCUGUUUCCAUGAAUUAUGUUGGUGCACCGUAUCAUCAAAUGUUUGGAGAUCUUCCAGUUUCACAUCAGAUGACACCUAGUGCACCAUUUGAUUCAUCGGGCCUUGUUGUAAGUUCCACACAUGGACAGGUUCAAGGAGGGAAUUUAGUUAGUUUUAAUGACAGAGGGGUUCAAGAUUUUAGUGUAGGAGCCAAUAGUUCUCCAAUCAACUUUAAUGGUGUUCAAAUAGAUGACAUCAAUGAUGAUUCAGAGAGAAGAAGCAAUGUCCUUGAGAAUAAUUCUAGUUCCUUGGAUGAUGAUGACCUUAGCACAAUGGUACAACAGUUUCAGGACAAUUCUGCUCCAAGAUUGUGAAAGGAGAUGAAACUGCAGAUCAACAUGUAUAAUGAAGUAGCUAAUGAAGUCAAAUUAUAAUGUUUUUAGGUUUUAUUCCUCUUAAUUUAAAUAUAAGAUAUUAGUCAUUGGAGUACAUUUUCCCUUUUAUGUACUUAUUUGUUGAA